AAGUACAGAACUCCAAAUGAGGACACGGAUUGAAUUAAACUCCAUUAAAGUCAUGCCGCCUUAGAUAGGGGAAAAUACUUCGGAUUCCGUAUGAGUGUAUCGGCCAUCUUCUCUGCAUUUCAGUUUUCGUCGCCUGCUUGCUAGAGACACAUGGAGUAUCGAAACAAGAUGGUCCUGGCCCCGAUGGUCCGAGUAGGAACGCUACCAUUUAGGUUGCUGGCGGCUGAAUAUGGUGCAGACAUAACUUAUGGUGAGGAGAUCAUUGAUCACAAACUGCUGAAAUGUGAGCGCCGUGUCAAUGAUUUAUUGGGUACAGUUGACUUUGUGGAAAAGGGAACAGGAAGUGUUGUUUUUAGAACAUGCUCUGAAGAAAAAAAUCGGGUCGUAUUUCAAAUGGGCACUUCUGAUGCUGUGAGGGCUCUUAGUGCUGCUCAGAUGGUGUCUAAAGAUGUUGCUGCAGUGGAUAUCAACAUGGGUUGCCCUAAAUCUUUUUCUAUCUCUGGAGGAAUGGGUGCUGCUCUGCUGACUAAACCAGAACUCAUUCAUGAUAUAUUGACAACAUUGAGAAGGAACUUAGAUACACCUGUGACCUGCAAGAUCCGCUUGUUGAAAUGCUCACAAGACACUGUACAGUUGGCAAGACAAAUUGAAAAAACCGGAAUAUCUGCCCUUGCUGUCCAUGGAAGGAAAGUUCCAGAUAGACCAAGAGAUCUGGCAAAGUGGAGUGAGAUUUCUGAUAUCGUUUCAGCAUUAUCUAUACCAGUUAUCGCAAAUGGUGAUGUUUUUGAGUAUGACGAUUUUCAAAGAAUCAAAGAUGCAACAGGUGCAUCAUCUGUGAUGGUUGCUAGGGGAGCAAUGUGGAAUGCUUCUAUGUUCUCGCCUAAUGGAAAAGUACCCUGGGAUGAUGUGAAAAGAGAGUACGUGAGAAAGAGUAUCUUGUGGGAUAAUGACAUCAAAAGCACAAAACAUACAUUGAAGGAGAUGAUAAUGCAUUAUUCUUGCCUUGAACUCCCUGAGGGAAAGGCUGUCAUCAAAUCAGAAACAUUUGAACAUCUGGCGUAAGUCUAACUGUCUAACUUUGAUUGUUGAGUUCUUGUUUAAACUAUGUCACAAUUAUCCGUGUCAUAGUUGAUUACUUGGUGGCUUGGUGCCUACUUGUCUACAUUUUUACAGUCGCGUUUCAUUUAAAAAAACAUCAGUUUAUUUGUACAGUUUAUUCAGCCAUUUUCAGCCAAAUCUUUUCAUGGGUCUCACUAUGUUUGUCGCAUACCAUAUUUUGUUAGAUUUAUGUGGAUCAAAUUCAUUCUUUCAUCAUUAUCAUUACCCUAGUGCCGCAAAGGAGAGUCCGAUGUACGCAGUCUUACUCGUGUACUAAAGCACAGAGAGACUGUUUCUGAAUGACCCAUAGUAAAAUUCACGUCAAAAAUCGCCAUGAAUUGACUGCCUCUUUAUAACAAAGAAGCUCAGACAUUUUUGUGAGCCAUUUAGCUUUAUUCCAUCAUUCUAAUUCAUUCUUUAUAUUAACAAAUUCAUUAUCAAUCAUCUAAUUCUACUAAUCUUAAUAUUGGGACAUGUGUCACUUUCUCAUAUACCAAUCUUAGUGGCACAGAGGUAAAUCAAUAACCUAAAGAAAAUGGUAUCUGGUAUCUGCAUGCAGCCAUGAACUACAUUGGAUAUUUAAGAUGCUUCUAUGUUAAAAUUUCAGGAAAUUAUAUGGGGAAGAAAGCUAUUAUCAACAUGUUAUGCGGAACAGGUGUGCUUUUGGGGGAAGCAGAUGACACUGAUUUUAAUGAUGGACCCGGGCCGGUCCGGUUCCGGGCCGGGCCCGGGCGGGCUUUUUUCCCAGGUACUUGGGCCCGGAACCGGCCCGGGUUGAUACCGGGUCCGGGCCUAACCGGGCCGGGCCGGGCCUGGUUUAAUGUUUAAUUUUUUUUUUGGCUUUCUUGUUAUCCCCCGACCCCCCCCCCACCCCCCCAAACCUCCCCAAAACACCCAGCCCUAUCCUAGGAAAAGAAAAAACAUUAAAAAAAAAACCGGGCCCAGCCCAAACCGCCUGGGCCGGUUCAACAAAAAUGGGGCCCAAGCCCGGCCUGCCCGACCCGCCAAAACGGGCUAAAAGCCCGGAACCGACCAACCGGUCCCGGGCUGGUCUGAGCCCGCACAGUGGCGGGCCGGUCCGGGUUCCGGGCCGGUUCGGCCCGGCGCAAUCCAUCCCUAUCUGAUUUUGUUGGGAUUUUAAGAGAACAAAAAUGUAUUUUUGGUAAAUUAGGGCUGUGUUAUAGGUAUCUCACAGUCUAAGUGAGACGGGAGAGUAAAGGAAAAAACUGCUUUGGGACUAUCAGUGUGCACUUUUUCUAUUGUGGCA